AUGGCUCUGUGCUUGUGUGCCAUCACGGCUGCGGUCUUGUGGGUCAUUGAGAAGCGCCAAGAAGCACCCCUCGUCACGGCCGUGGAGACCUGCUCCAUCGUGGCUUCCAGCCUUUGGGAAAUGGCUGAAAGGAAUAAGGCUGGAACGAAGGAAAACUCAAAAGCGCCCCCUUUGGAGAAGAGAAAGACAAGAGAGGAAAAAUUCCCUCAACUCUUUGUUGGCGGCUUGAGCUCUGAAACCACAGAAGAGAGUCUGAGGAACUACUACCGGCAGUGGGGAAAACUUAGAGGCUGCGUGCUCAUAAGGGACCCUGAAACCCGGAGAUCAAGAAGAUUUGGUUUUGUGACCUUCUCCUCCACGGCCGAGGUCGAUGCCGCCAUGGCUGCCAGACCCCAUUCAAUUGAUGGGAAAACGGUCGCGCCCAGACGUGCUGUGCCAAGGGAGGGCCGCGAAAAGCCGGAGGCUGUCCUCACUGUGAAGACGCUGUUUGUGGCUGGAAUUCAAGAAGACACCGAGGAACAUCAUCUUAGAGAUUACUUUAAGAAAUACGGAAAAAUCGAUGCUAUUGAGAUAACCAUUGACAGGCAGGCUGGCAACAGAAGAGCCUUUGGAUUUGUUACCUUUGAUGACCAUGAUUCUGUGGAUAAGAUUGUGUUGCAGAAACACCACAGCAUCAAUGGCCAUCGUGCAGAAGUCAGAAAGGACGUGUCUAGACAAGAAAUGCAGGAGGGCGUGGAGGUGGCAGUUUUGGAGGUAGCCCUGGUUAUGCAGGAGGAAGGGAAAGAUAUGAAGGUGAAGGAUCCGUGCAUGGCAACCAGGGUGAGGGCUCCGGAGGUGACUGUGACAAAUCUGGGGGAGGAACUAGUGGAAGUGGAAAUGGCAAUGAUUUAGGAAACGAUCAGCAGAAACCUAAGAGCAAUUUACAGGAGAGUAGAAAACUUGAUGAUAGCAGAAAUGUGGGAGGAUCUUCCGGUGGAGAAGACCAUUGUCCAGGAGGCAGUGGAGGAGGUGGGGUUCAGUCCUUUGCACGCCGCGUGCAAGACGGAUUACGGCGACUGUUUGCUAGACCAGAAGCCGAGUGUCUACAGAGAUGGGGACCUGCAGCUCAAUGGCCCUGAAGCUCUGAAGCUUCUGAAGCUCAACGGCUCUCAUUUGGCACCGAGACACCCCAUAGUCAAGGCCAAUAGUCGGGCUCUCAGCUACGUCCUGCUCAUCUCCCUCCUCCUGUGCUUCCUCUGCUCCUUACUCUUCAUUGGCCGUCCCAACACAGCCACCUGCAUCCUCCAACAAGUCACAUUUGGAGCUGUGUUCACUGUGGCUGUUGCCACUGUGUUGGCCAAAAUCCUCAAUGUGAUUCUGGCAUUCAAGUCCAUGAAACCAGGCAGAACCAGGAGGCGACCGCUGGUGACAGGUGCUGUCUAA